AAAGGAACAUAGCAUCCGUUCUACAUCUGUACUCUAACCUUAGGCUUAUAUUCCCAUUUUCUUAUGGUUCGUCGCAAUUCGUUGGACAACGACAGGCGUACGGAGCAGUUUCGCAAGUUGUUUAUCGGUGGGCUGACACCACAAACAGACGAGGCAAUGCUGAAGGAUUUUUACUCUCAGUGGGGUGAAAUAGUUGACGUUGUUGUCAUGAAGGAUGGUGUGUCUCGCAGAUCUCGUGGAUUUGGAUUCGUUACUUAUCGGGAACCUGAGAUGGUGGAUGCGGCUCAGUCCAAUCGUCCUCACGAGAUCGAUGGUCGAGUUGUUGAGGCGAAGCGUGCUAUGCCGCGUGAAGAUUCCCAGUCGCCGGAGUCUCACAUGACCGUGAAGAAGUUGUUUGUUAGUGCUUUGAGAAAGGAUGUUACUCAAGCGGAUCUGCGCGAUUACUUCAGCAAGUAUGGCAAUAUUGUUGAUUGUGAGAUAGUGGUGUGGAAAGACAGUGGUGUGUCUCGUGGAUUUGGAUUUGUUACUUUCGACGACUACGACCCUGUAGAUAAAGCUGUUCUGUACAAGCCGCAUCUCAUUGGUGGCAGCCGAGCGGACGUCAGGAAGGCGUUGAGUAAGGAGCAGAUGAAUGAAACGAAGCACAGAGGUUUUGGACGAUAUGAGGAUGAAGGUAGCUAUGCUCCGCCAGCCCCUUACGGUUAUGGGCAAGGUUAUCGAGGUAGUUACGGUGGCAGGUCUCGUGACUUCUAUCCGCCAUUCGCAGAGGGCAGUUCCAUGUUCGACUAUGGUCCUGGUGGGUACGGUCGAAGCGGUGGUGGUGAUGUGUAUGCUGGCACGGGUUAUGGCGGUUGGGAGGAUGCAUAUCGCGACAGAGGUUGGGGCGAUGGCUUUGGUCGCUAUGGUAGCCAACAGAAUUAUGCCGGGGGCCCGAUGCGUUCUGGUGCACCAAGUGGAAGAUACCCUCGAAGCGUUCCUUACGGAGGUGGGUAUGGGCGUCGCUAACUACGUUUGAGGCAUAGAUUGGCCUUGUCAGUCUCACGUAGGCAAGUCCGUUAGUCGAAAAAUGUCCUAGUGCCUCAGGUUCUAGGCCAGCCAAGAGUCGAUAGCUGAGGACGCCAGGUACCCCGUACUUCCUCAUGUACAUACAUGGUGUUGACUUUACUGCAGUGCAAUCAGGCUAUUUUGUAAUUAUUUGCGUGUACCGUCCGGUGAGACGUCAUUGUUGACCUAGUGUAUAUCAUUCACAACGUAUCAUCGCCAGGUCAUACAGCUUUCUUUUUAUCACAGCUUGUGGCUAGCAUUGAAGUAAAUAAAAGUGUUGAAGUC